GUUCAAAUUGAUUAGAAUUUGCGAUACUUUAUUUUGUAAUAACUUAUAACAGACAUCAUAAUGAAUCCUUACAUAGAACAGGCAAUGGAAAAAGUCACUGAUUUGCAACAACAAACUCAUUUUUGCAUAAAUAACUACGAUUACUAUCAUAAAAAUAAUGAAUUUGAAAUUUUACGUCAAAAGGAAAAGCAGUUACGUUUUAGUGCAAUGUAUCUAAAAGAAUUUCUCAAUACACUGGAAUCAUUUCAAAUUGCUAUUCAAGACAUAUCAAGUCAAUGCGACGAAAUUGAUGUGUUACUGGAAAAAUCCACAAAGAAAGGUAAAAAAGAUGAAGAGGAGACGGAUAGCAAUAAAGAGAAUAUUUAAAAUGCUUAAUUCUAAGAUAAUGAUAAGUUGAUAUUUAAAUAAAUA